UUACGCACUGCAUAGAGCUUUGGCUUGCUAUAAUGCCUAAAUAGUAGACUGCGUUCCCGCUAAUCGAACCACUUGUGAAAGCUUCUAUAAUACCAGCGCCAAUCAACCACCUGCCAACAUGCCAUCUGCAAGAUUGCCAUUCAAAGAGCAGGAUGUGAUCAAGCUUGUCUUGGAGUUUUUGAACAACAGAGAUCUUCACAUUACUAUGCUGUCAAUGGAGAGAGAAACAGGCGUGAUUAACGGGAUCUACUCGGACGACAUGCUGUUUCUACGGCAACUCAUCCUCGACGGCCAGUGGGACGACGUGCUCGAGUUUGUGCAGCCGCUCACGCAGAUGCCGGGAUUCGAAGCAAAGCGCUUCCAGUUUGUCAUCCUCAAGCACAAGUACCUCGAGCUGCUCUGCCUCAAGUCGGAGCCCGGCCCGAUGCAGAACAGCGACUUCACCGUCGACGAGGUCGUGCACUGUCUCAACCGUCUCGAGGAGUUCUGCCCGGGCAAGGAGGAGUACAACGAGCUGUGCCUGCUGCUGACGCUGCCACGGCUCUCCGACCAUGCCGAUUACAAGAACUGGAACCCGAGCGCGGCACGCGCCGACUGCUUCCGGCGCGUGCACCCGCUGCUCGCCGCGUUCAUGCCUGUCGAGAAGCACGACAACGACGUCGCCAAGAGUGACCGCAUGAUCCAGCUGCUGCUCAAGGGCCUGCUCUACGAGUCGUGCGUCGAGUUCUGCCAGCGGCGCGCGACGGGCGCGCGCGACGUCACGGCGAGCAUGAUCCAGACGAAGAUGCUCGACGGCACCGGCUUCAGCAGCGCCGACCUCAGCCUGCUCUCCUGGCUGCAGAGCAUCCCGCCGGAGACGUUCGCUUGUCCGUUUGAGCAGCGCGAGCUGAGCGUCGACGUCGAGCCGCUGCCGCGGCCGCUCCUCGACGCCUCGUGGUCCGAGCACAUCCUCGCCGCGCCGAUCAAGCCGAACAUCUUCCCGCACGCGGCCGUGCCGUGCACGCGGCCGCACUCUGCCGCGCCCAUGUCGCGCUCGCUCGCGCCGCAGUACGACGGACUCGCGCACGGGCUGUCGCGCGGCGGCGGCACGGCGCGCGGCGCUCGCUCAUUUCCGGCUGGCGACGCCGCCGUCGCCGCGGCGAUGUCGAAGUCAUUUGCCGGCUUCCACCUGUCAGCGGUGCGGCAGCGCGACACCAACCCGAUGAGCGUCUCCAUCGACCGCAUGUUCGCCGACGCCGACAUGGUCAGCUCGGGUCAGGAGGGCGCCACUGACCGCACGCUGCCGCGUCCGAAGACUCCGCCGCCGCCUCCGACGCCUCCGACGUCGAGCAAGGCGGACCGCGGGAAGGAGUCGCCGCCGCGCGUCAGCGAGACGCGGGACUCCGGCGAGCUGUACCGCGAGUACCAGAAGCAGAAGCAACUCACGCAGGAGGCUGAGCAGGAGAAGCAGCGGACAGCGGCGAGCCAGCAGCAGCAUCAGCAGCAGCUGAUGAUGGUGGACGCCGCCGCUGACGACAAGCUACAGCCGAUGAGCAAGGACAACAGGUUCAGCGACACUUACUACAUAGAGAACAUGAAGACACCAGCGCAGCAGUUGCAGAAGCAGCAGCUGUGCACCAGCACCCCCAAGGCGCCGGGGAGCCGCAACGCGACACCUCUCCCACAGGCGUCGCCCGUGCUCGCGGGGGGGAUGGCGGGGGCGGGCGACGAUCCCGACAGCAGGCUGAAGCCCGUGGCACUCGCCAAGGAUAUGGAGAGGUCGCUCGAAGACGACCUAGAACUGAUGCGGCUGCACGAUCAGUCGAGUGGCAGUAAUCAGGUGGCGGAGGUACAGUCAGCAACUAGCAGGCCUCCCCAGAGACAGAGGACCAGUAAUAGCGAGUCGCGGUCGAAGUUUCUGCGAGUGACAUUCCUGGAGGACGUGCAGGCGAUACGGACAGGCGCGUUCCACCCGCGCGGCGACGUCUACGCGAUCGGCUCCAACUCCAAAGUGCUGCGCGUCUGCUCUUUCCCUGAGAUCUCGAACCUGAGAGAGGAUCACGUGGCAACGACCCCGCAGGUCGUGUUGCGGCGACAGAAGCACCACAAGGGUUCCAUCUACUGUCUGGCGUGGAGCCAGACGGGCGACCUGCUUGCCACCGGCUCCAAUGACAAGUGCAUCAAGAUACUUAAGUACAACUCAGCGACAAACAACAUCGAUAGUCAUGUGCUCUCUCUCUACGCCUGGGGAGGGCCUUGCUUCGCUAGUGGCAGUCAGGACAAAACCACUCGCAUCUGGGAUCUCAGGUCUGGAGGUUGUGUUCACAGAAUUACGCCAGCUGGCCCCCUGGGUUGUGCCAGCCCAGCGUCGCCCGUGGCAACGGUUGCCGUCGACCCGACGGGGCGUCUGCUGUCGUCGGGCCACGAGGACAACGCGUGCAUGCUGUACGACGUGCACGGCGGCCGCGUCGUGCAGACGUUCCAGCCGCACGCCGGCGAGAUCCGCACGGCCCGCUUCUCUCCGAGCGCCUACUACUUGCUGACAGGCUCCUACGACCAGCGCAUCGUGCUCACCAACCUACAGGGUGACCUGACCUGCCCGCUGCCCAGUGUUGUCGUUGGUGAACACAAGGACAAGGUCAUCCAAUGUCGCUGGCACCCGACACAGCUCUGUUUCCUCUCCACUAGUGCAGACAGGACUGCCACCUUGUGGGCGCUUCCGGCAGUAGAGUAAUGUGGUGAACGGCAGGUGGAUGGUAAUUUGAUGAUUCCAAGACAUCCAUCAACUGCGUUGGAGAUUUAUAAACGUAUUCCCAUACAACUUACGAUGAUAAACUUAUUUAUGUGUGCAGGGCACUGCGUACCUCUUAGCGUUAAUUUUAUGUCGAUUACAAACGGUGCGAUGGUGGAAAAGGUUCACUGAGUGACAGUGGCUGCUGCAGGGCAGGCAUAAAUAACUUACUGGAUGUACUGCAGGGCAGUAAACAAGAUGCUGUUUGUACUGUGUAAGGAAAUACUGCACCGUCUAUCCUAUACGAUACAGGGAGAACUGAUCGCAGAUUCGCUGCUUUUUAACCAAAAAUAUCGUCAAUGUACUACAUAUCUACCAAAGAUGCGACAAUCGCGGACGAGUAGACACAGGCAAAUACCUGCGGGAGAUGGCUAGACGAUGUCGUAUGAUGCGAUGCAAUGAGCUAGCUUGCAGUGUAUAGCCGUUGCACGCGCACUAACCACUCCCACCUAGUUUGGCAGGACAGGACACGGAAGGGGUGCAUGUCUCGGGUUGACGCUGUGUCUGCACUGUGGUGUAGUAGUCGGUUGUCACUGCUAUCGAUCGUCGUUACUAUCCCUCACUUCAUGUUUGAGGUAGAAGCCAUGCACGCGAGGACGCCUGCAAUGUUGCCACGCCGUGUCCAGCAGUGUACACCCGCACCACAUCGUGCUGCCUGACGUAAUAAUAUGCCCGACGUAUAAAUAUAAGCGAGCACAUUUCCUACGCAUUGCGUGCUGGGUUUUGGUCUGCUAGCAAAGUAUCCAAUACAUCUUAACGGAUGUGUAUUUAUUAUUAGUCGGUGAAGACUAUCUCGCGUUCCAGCCGACGUGUAUUUACUAUUAAUUGGUUUUGAGCGUCUGAUGUCUAGCUGACGAGUAUUUACGAUAUAUCCGCUUGCGGAAGAUUCGACGUUUACCGGAUGCGUAUUUACUAUUGCGGUCCGGCGUGCUGAAGUUGUGAGUACGCCGACUUCUGAAUGCUAGUUUCUCUAUACUCGGGUAUGGUCGUUUUUGAGAUGGGAGCGGCGGGCGACGUUUACACGCGCGCAUUUAUAUAAUCUUAUCUCUUCGACGUCGAGCGCUCGUUUACGUGUCUGUACGCAACCAUGUAUUUAACGCGUUGUUUAUUUAGAGGUAAGCUCGUGCGGUCAUGUUCAACGGAGUUAGCCUGCAAUAUUGGCUAGCGGCGGUGCAAAGGGGCGAGCCAGUACAUGAUGUGGCUCAGCAGUUUGAAUGAGGUGCUUGUGGGUAUCCCUACAUAGAUGUUUAUUUAGACAUUUUGUGCAUCAGGACAUGCAACGGAAUGAAACUGUACCGGAGACAAUAUGGAACCUCUUUGGGUGUAUCGACAAGACUAGUCUAGUCUGUCUACUGUCUACUGUACUGUCUAGUAAAAGUAUAGGCAUGUAUUGGCAUUGUUCUCGCAAAAUAACUAUAGCAUGCAUUUCUUUGUAUAUAUGGCCUGUAUAGAUAGGAAUUGUUUGCUAAUUAAAUGUUGUCAAGUCAAGCACAUCAGAUGACAUCACCAGAAUGUGAAGUUACGAAAGUUAGCCAAUCGAAACAGGAUAUACUAGCUUUAAUAAUUAUGAACCAAUAGAGAUUAUAUUUAAGAUUUGGAAAUAUUUUUUAUUUUUAGUUUUUUUUACGCUGUUGCGAGUGUGGUGAGUGUGUGAUGGAGAGAUUUGUGCGGACUCUGUGGAAAGUAAUUCUUAUGGAUUUUUAACGGUUACUACAAUUGUUUUUUUUUCCAGUUUUGAUGAAAUUCUGCAAAAUCCUAUUGCAGUGUGUAGACAUAUCAGUUGAAUAUCAGUUAAAAUUAUACGAGUUAUGAUUAUUCAUAUAAUUUACAGACGAUUUUGAGAGAUGAACUUGGUUGAAAUGACUCGGCUUGUUAGAAAUCACCUUUAUGUGAGACUUGCCGUGACAAUUCUUGCUUAUCAUUGGCGAGCGUCAGCAUAGCUGAAUAACCCUCUGGUAGAACCCUACGGCCAAACCAUUGUUAUAGCGUGGCAGGUUUCCAUAGUUCUCUAUAAUUCGCAAAUGCUUUAUAUGUUGAAUAAAUGCAUUGCUUCUGCUAUUCAAA